AGACGAAAAGAUCAACCUUAUGACGGAUAUAAUUUUGUGCAAUAUUUGGGGAACAGAACACAAAGAAAAAAAUGGGUCUUGGUUUAUAUAGCGUACACGCCCUGCAUAGAGCAUGGAUGGAUGUGUCAUAAGAAGAUUGGUGUUGCUGUAUUGAAGCGGCCCAAAACUAGACUGGCUUUACCACGUCCGGCAGAGCGGGAAGUUCGAUUUGCAGCUCAUGGUUUGUGAAGACAGGAAGAACAACAUGCACCAUGAUGUUGAGGGCGAGAAGACCCCCCAGACAACUAAGUGUUUUGGACAGUACAAAUUCACAGCAGAGGAAUACCUGGCAGUACAGAAUGCAUUGCGGCAGAAGCUGGGGCCAGAGUACAUCAGUACCAGGAUGGCUGGAGGGGGCCAGAAGGUGUGUUACGUGGAGGGCCAUCGUGUGAUCAGCCUGGCUAACGAGAUGUUUGGCUACAACGGCUGGUCUCACUCCAUCUCACAGCAGAACGUUGAUUUCGUAGACCUUGUUAAUGGAAAGUUCUAUGUUGGCGUCAGCGCUUUCAUCAAGGUCCAGUUAAAGGACGGGUCCUUCCAUGAGGAUGUGGGCUAUGGCGUGAGCGAGGGGCUCAAGUCGAAGGCUUUGUCGCUGGAGAAGGCCAGGAAGGAGGCCGUCACGGAUGGAAUGAAGAGAGCACUCAAAUGUUUUGGCAACGCCCUGGGUAACUGUAUCCACAAUAAGGAAUACCUGAUAGCUAUCAACAAGAUCCCCAAACAGCCCACCCCUCCUCUAGACCCCGCCCAAACCAAGCGCACAGACGGUGAGCCUAUGAUAGAGAAAGCUCGUUUGUCCAGCUUGGCCCACGACAACAACAUGACCGGAUCCUCACGAAACCCAUUGGAGCUCAGAACCGGCCACCAGAACCGUUCGGAAGGCCGGAGCCGUGCAACCGAAGUCCAAACCGUACUCUUUCCCUCCCCUAGUAUUGGUUCCAAACUACAGCCAGAUCAGCUGGACAAGAAGGAAAACAUUGAUGGUCCUCUUUUAGAGCCUUCGGAUGAUGGAGUCUCUGAAGGACAGACAGACCCCAAGCAGCUGAGAAAGCUCAAGCAGCAGCAACUCCAGCAAAAGUUCAGAAAGGAGAUGGAAACCAGGAAACAAACACCGAAGCACGAGAAAUCUAAAUUCAAAUCUGAACAUAUCCAGACCAGCAUUGGUCAGAAACCUCCUCAAGAAGAUGACGCAGAGCUCUGGAACUUCACCCUGGAGGGGAUCGAGGAGCUGAACGGCUCCGCAGAGGGGGGCCUGAGGCCGACCCCACCCGGAAACCACCAGAUGCAGACGCGCAGUAUGACCCCUCAGAGGGAACCCAAAAGUCCUGGAAGGCCCCGAGAUGGAGAUCCCCCGCAGGGCGGUCCGACAUACUGCCACCAAGCCCCCGGGCAAGAUGUCCCCCAGUAUGGAAACAGACAUCCCGAUCACCCCCAGGGCCAGGGGUUCAGCCCAUACAGACAAGGGCAAUACAUGAAAAAACGGAAACUGGACACAUGAACGAAUACAAAACAAAUGAAUGUUCCUUUUCAAUGUUUUAAAAGAUUUUACAAUUUUUUUUAUAUUUAUUUGUUAAUGUGAACAAUGCAUUUCUAUUGUUAUUUCUUUUGUUGGUUGAUAUGUAUUUCUUCAUGCUUGGUGUUUCUGUAAACCAGGUAAAAUAAAACGUUGCUUGUUAUCACGUAAGUUCCAUAGCAGUCCCUCUUCAACCAUUUCCAUUCUACAGGUGAGGGUUUAAUUGUUUAGUGACGUCAAGGUCCAUAUUUAGUGUGACACCAACAUUGUCCUACACUAUCGAACACAGGAUUAUUGAUGCGGUGUGUAGACGAGGCUGGUUGCCCAAUAGUAUGCUGAACUGGUUUUAAAUGGCUAUGCUGCUUUUGUCGACGAGACCUUAUAAAAAAUACUUCCUGGAAGAAGAUCUAGAACAAGGAGCUCAAUGGCAUAAUGCCCCGAUAGUAAUUGGUCCAUUACAAGAUUAUGAUUCCUGUGAUAAAACCAAAUUGGACACUUGACAUUAAGUCAAUCUUUGAACCAAAAAAAAAAAAGUCAGGAGCUUUACAUUUUUAUUUGUACAUUUUGUACAAUGUGAAAAACAUACACAAAUCCAGAGAACACUGAGUCACAGGAAGAUAGCAAAGAGGGGGACCGAUAUAAAGAGCACAACAGGAUGCUUGUGAACAAGUUUUGGAACAUAUAUUGAGUAUUUUCUGUAAUAUCGACAGUAGCUGUGUAACACAUUAGUAAGGUGCUGUACAGUGGUUAAGUUGUGAGUUGGUUGUCUGUAGAAUGAAACCCAAAGGAUCUAGCAUGCAAGAUUCAUACUGACCAAUAAUUUAAUAUGCUGUGCUCGCGACUGGUCAAUCGCUAAAAGAAAAUCAGUUCAGCGCUUUGUGUGUUCGUACAAAUGAGAGGAGGAAAUCAAUACAUGAGAUCGCUAUAUUUCAUUAUCAAAAAAGAUGGAGGUCAAUAACACCCCUCAAUAACAUGCAAAUGUUUUCCGUUAUCCUCAGUCCCUAUAAAACUUUAACCAUUGCAUAUUCUGCAUUGCAGCAACUUGUAUUUUCUCUAGAGAAGUUAAAAUAAUAGUCCAAUCUAUAGGGAAGGGAAAGGUUCACAAUAAAGACUAAAUGGCACUCACGUAGCAGGAGAGAACAGAAGCUCAACCGUGUUACCAUAGGGCUUCACUGAUCACCACGGCUAUGAAGAUAAUGUAAUGGCUAUGAAUGUUGUCACUGAUACAUAGCCAAAAACACAAAAAAAAAGAAAAGACGUCUGAGGAUUUCCCAAAAGUUCCCAAAUACAUGUGCUUGUUGUUCUGGACUACGGUCCUCAGUUGCUCCAAACCUCUAAAACCUUUAACAACAAUAUGGUAUCAUUUUAAUCAGCCAUAUAAACAUGAGUUGUUGUAGUAUGCGUUAUAACCUUGAGUAUUUUUUCUGCAGUACCGUGAAAGCUACAUUAUUACUCUAGCUUGCUCAGGCCUGGGUGGAUGUGGGACUUAUUGUGAAGGACACAAGGCACUAAUGUUCUGCAGGUUACUCGGGGUUGAGUGUGUAUGCAUGGCGGGGCCAGGUCGUAGUCAGUACAUAACGGCUCUAUGAUGAAAGCGUUACAUGGAACCACUUACCUCACGUUAAUUAUAUAUAUUCAUAUAUUUAUGUACACAAUAUAGUAGAAAAGGGCCGGUCAAAGAUAAGAGCUUAAUAAAACGCAGGGUACCUCCCAGGUUAUGUAGGAUACCAAUAAUGACAACCCUGCAAUUGCACUUUUAUAUUCCUUUAACUACAUGUUGUUUAACAACCUUUAAUAAUAAUUACAGUGAAACAUCAAAAUCUGAUGGCUGAAUACAGGUCCAUAAAGAACACCUUGUUCGUCUCAUUAAAUAUACAUGUAAAAAAAACGGACACCAGCGUGACAGAGUGUGAGAUUAAGAGUGACAACCCUAGAGUAUUGUCAUUUGGGGGGAGAUGGCGAGAUUAACAUCCAUGUUCUGAUACGAGGGAUCAAGAGUAUCCCGGUGAAACCGUCUCCUUGGAGAUCUGCUCGCCAACGCACCUGCAGCCACUUGAGUCAUCACUACCCCGCUAACGUCACUCAAAGCCAGACUCCGGGAGAGGAACCCAAAGGACGCUCCACCAUGAGCAUGAAUGGUGCGACUCUAAUGCAUAUGGAUGGACGCACAGAGUGACAAACCUAAGCACAGAAGACACCCGACUUUCUCACAAAGACAAACAUCCUAAACAAGGGAGUUCAAACCCAGUGAAGAAACAUUUAUGUACAAGGUCUUUCCUUAGGCUAAGGCCUGGUGCUCUCAAGUGACACCCUCUUCUGGUGGCACUUAUCAAAGUCAUCGCUCUCCCUCAUCGCCUUCUCUUCAUCCACCACCUGACAUUUUCUCCUUUUA